GCCGAACUUCUCUAGGAAGGUCUAGAAGAUCAAUCUCUUCUCUCUCUCACUCUCUCGCACCUUCUAAACUCCUGUCUACUUCUUCGUGUCCGUAGUCUUCUUAUUAAGCUACAACUACAAACCCAAUUGUGAAAAAAGAUCUCUCGUUUUAUCAGGACAAAAAUGGCAGAACAAGCAUACACAGUAGCAUCAGACAGUGAGAACACAGGAGAAGAAAAAUCCUCAUCAUCUCCUUCCUUACCCGAAAUAGCCGUUGGUAUCGACAUCGGCACAUCCCAAUGCAGCAUAGCAGUCUGGAACGGCUCACAAGUCCACAUCUUACGCAACACAAGAAACCAAAAGCUCAUCAAAUCCUUCGUCACUUUCAAAGACGAAGUCCCCGCAGGAGGCGUGAGCAACCAGCUCGCACACGAGCAAGAGAUGCUCACAGGAGCAGCUGUCUUCAACAUGAAACGCCUCAUAGGCCGUGUGGACACGGACCCUGUUGUACACGCCAGUAAAAGUCUUCCCUUUCUUGUCCAAACCCUAGACAUUGGAGUCAGACCUUUCAUCGCUGCGUUGGUGAACAACGCGUGGAGGUCGACGACUCCGGAGGAAGUGUUAGCGAUCUUUUUAGUGGAGUUACGAUUGAUGGCUGAGGCUCAGCUGAAACGUGCCGUGAGAAACGUGGUGCUCACGGUUCCUGUGUCUUUCUCUAGGUUUCAGCUCACUAGGAUUGAGAGAGCUUGCGCUAUGGCUGGACUACAUGUACUUCGUUUGAUGCCUGAGCCAACAGCUGUCGCGUUGUUGUACGCGCAGCAGCAGCAGAUGAGUAGUCAUGAUAAUAUGGGGAGUGGAAGCGAGAGGGUUGCUGUUAUAUUCAACAUGGGAGCUGGUUACUGUGACGUGGCGGUUACGGCAACUGCUGGUGGGGUCUCGCAGAUCAAAGCCUUGGCUGGAAGCGCCGUUGGAGGUGAAGAUAUUUUGCAGAACACUAUGAGACAUGUAGCUCCACCGAACAAAGAAGCUUCAGGGCUGCUCCGUGUAGCGAUACAAGACGCUAUACACAGGUUGUCGAAGCAAGACAGUGUUCAGAUAGAAGUUGAUUUGGGAGAUGGUGAUAAGGUUUCCAAGGUUCUUGAUAGGUUAGAGUUUGAGGAAGUGAACAAGAAUGUGUUUGAGGAGUGUGAGAGACUUGUUAUGCAGUGUCUAAGAGAUGCUAAAGUUGACGUUGGUGAUAUAGAUGAUGUGAUAAUGGUUGGAGGAUGUUCUUACAUACCUAAAGUGAGAGCCGUUGUCUCUAACGUGUGUAAGAAGGAAGAGAUUUACAAGGAGGUGAAUCCUUUAGAAGCUGCGGUUAGAGGAGCUGCUUUGGAAGGAGCUGUGACGUCAGGGAUACACGAUCCAUUCGGUAGCUUAGAUCUCUUGACUAUACAAGCCACGGCUCUUGCGGUUGGUGUCAGAGCCAACGGGAACAAGUUCAUACCUGUUAUUCCACGCAACACGAUGGUUCCUGCGCGUAGAGACCUCUUCUUCACCACGGUUCAUGACAACCAGAAGGAAGCUUUGAUCGUUGUGUAUGAAGGAGAAGGAGAGAGUGUUGAAGAGAAUCAUCUUCUUGGUUACUUCAAGAUCGUUGGGAUCCCUGCGGCGGCUAAAGGAGUUCCUGAGAUUAAUGUUUGUAUGGAUAUUGAUGCUUCGAAUGCUUUGAGGGUGUUUGCGGCUGUGUUGAUGCCGGGGUCGAAGAGCCCUGUGGUGCCUGUGAUUGAAGUGAGGAUGCCUACGGUUGAUGAUGGACAUGGUUGGUGUGCUCAAGCUUUGAAUGUUAAAUUUGGUUCUUCUCUUGAUUUGGUUACUCUUCAGAGGAAGUGAUGUAAAGUUUGAGUUGAAGAGAUGUCUUAUGUGAUCGUUUAGCAAAAAAGAGUUUGUGUGUUUUGGAUUUGUUGUGGUGAAAGUUGUUGACAGUGUCUGUAUGUGUAAUGAAGUAAUAAUGUUAUGCAGAUUGUAUAAUAUAACAAUAAAUGGGGUUUUG